AAUAUAGUCAUUGCCAGUUAGUUCUCGAUCUCCGGUGUAAUGAGUACGUGUUUUUUUCAGUAUCAACACCUGGUAUUAUACGUUCAACGUUGUCGCUGUGUACGUUACGUUUUGAAUAGAAGUGUACGAUAAUUCAACAUGGCACCGAGAACUAGCAGUUGGUCUAUAUGGAAUAAUCUAUCAAGCACGGACUACAACGUGAAAUCAGUAGAUGAUUGGAUCGAAGCACGUCAAAAGGAAGAUGGUGCAGAUGAUCUGUGGAGAAUUCACGAUGGAUUGUACAAUCUCGAACAAUGGAUACCUAAGCAUCCUGGAGGACGACAAUGGUUGGAAAUUACGAAAGGUACCGAUAUUACAGAAUUAUUUGAAUCGUACCAUUUGAACGGCAAAGCGGUCACGGCAGUGAUGCAUAAAUUCUAUGUACGCGAAGCUAAGUCACCAAGGAAAUCGCCUUUUACUUUCAAACCUGAUGGAUUUUAUAACGUACUGAAGUCUAGAGUUGCCAAGAAGUUAUCCUUCGUCGACAACAGUAAUGCGUCCGUUAAGUCCAUGCUGGUCGUCGACACGUACAUCCUUAUUGCGCUUGCUCUCUGCGUGGGAAUGGCUCAGACACAGAACUUCGUGUUAGCUUUCUUAGCCGGCAUCGUUUUGGGAUUCGGAAUCGUUGCCAGUCAUAAUUUCACUCAUCUCAAAGACAACUGGAGGAUGUAUUAUGUGCAAUUAUGCUUUAUGUCCGUACGGGAAUGGAGAAUAUCGCACGUGCUCAGUCACCACAUUUACACUAAUACCAUACAGGACUUGGAGAUGACACUGCUAUACCCGUUCAUUCAUUGGUACCCGACCAAAGACAAACCAUUUACGGUUCGUCUGUUCCCGUAUUUCACACCCGUGAUUUACCCUUUUAUUAUACCUGGGCAGUUGGUGAUUAGAACUUUUAAGCGCAAAAACGAUAUCGCCGACGUUUUAAUGUUCGUUAUACCUGCUAUAUUGACGCUUUGCGGACAAAUGACCAUCAUUUCUAUCAUCAUCGCAUGGCUUAUUAUAGUACUGACAAGUAGUUUUAUAUUUACAUUUGUUGGUUUCAGUGCUUCUCAUCAUUUUCCUGAAAAUUUUCACGACGGUGACUUAAUCAAUACCGAAAAUGUCGAUUGGGGACUCCAUCAAAUUGACACUAGCGUAGAACGGAGCGAACCGAUUAACAAUAUAUUUGUGUCAAUGGCGACAUUUGGCGAUCACACGUUACACCACCUAUUUCCUGCGUUGGAUCACAGUCUAAUACCUUUGUUGCAAGACACAUUCGAAGAUACGUGUAAGGAAUUCGGUGUGGAUUUAACACCAAAAUCAUUUACGACGGUUUUGUGUGGACAGUUUAAACAAUUGGUUCGAGAUACUCCCAACAACCCGAAGAGGAAUUAUAUUUAAAGCCGUUGGUAAUGUGAUAGUACAUAAUAUUAACCAUUAUAAUCGCCUAAACAAAUAUACAUAGAAUGUAUUGUUUUAAAAGCAAGUAUAGUGAAUCCUAUAUUA